CUUUACAACAACAAAUUUUCAAAGAUCAUUUUCCAUUGUCAGAUUAGACAAGAACAAAUUACAAAAUUGAAUGUAAUUUGGAAAACCACAUAAAAUCCAAUCGAAAAAGUUGGUUCCAUUCUUCCGGUUAAUUUGAAAAUUCAAGCGGAAAUGCCAGAAAGUCGCUAACAUUCGAAAUUGCAUACCUUUAGGGGCUGGAGGUGGUGACUUGCGAUAUCUGGAAAUUUCUAAUGAGUGACAGUUUACACUCGAGGAAUUUACCAAUGAGGAUUUUUGUCUGGAAAAUUGCAAAGGCACAACGCUCCUAAUUUUUAACAGACGAAAACAAAUGAAAAGAUAUAUUAAAAACUGGUAAGAAGGUGAAGGAGAGAGAACGAAAAUAGACUAAUUAAAAUUCAAAGAAGAUUUUUCUCUGGUUCCUGUGACAUUUUAUUCCACUGUCUUCAUCUCACAUGAUUAAAAUAAAAAAAAUUCAUUGGAAAAAUCGUCGAAUUUCAAUGUUAACUAAAUAAAGCUCACAACUUACCCCUAGAUCUGUACACCAAACUUCGAAUUAUCGAACAUUUAGAAACGUCAAAUGUCUUACCAACCUGACAAAACAAAAAUAAAUUUUGUCUGCAAGUGCAACGACAAGAAGUUUGGCUGCUGGAUGUCUUCUGUCUUGUAAAUUUUUUGUAAUGUGUACGUUUUUGUGUAAAAAUUGGAUUUUUAUUUUUGUAAAUUUCUUCAAAGUUAUGUGAUUUUUUGAUUAUAAUUUGUGUUUAUUUCAUACAAAUAAUAAAUUCCAAAUUCAUUUUUAAUAUUUCUAUAAACAAUGAUCAAAUAAAGACCAUUAAAAAAUUGUUUCCAAAAAACACCUCCAUUCAACAAAUUUCUUUGGAUCACAAGAAGAACCACAGAGACGACGGAGGAACUUGAAUUACAUAUUUUUUGCAAGAAGAAGAAAUGGCUGCUACCCCAGUUGAAAUUGAUGAAUUCCUUAAUGGGGCGCUUGUAUCUUGGCUGGAAUCAUGUUUACCAAGACCAGAAAUUCUAUCCGGAUAUGGCUCCCUUCUAGAUGGCAGCAUUAUACACAGUGUGUGGCUUCAAAUAGAUCCAGAACCACAAAAUCAUCCAGCUGAGCUAAAUGGUUUAAGUGGUGCAUCUCUUUGCAUUGCACGAGCACGAAAUUUCGAGUGCAUAGUUCGAAAUUUAAAAGCUCUAUUCGAAGAAGAAUUUGGUCAGACAAUAUUAGCGCUUCCUGAUUCUUAUACCAUAGGUUUUAAUCCUGAAACACGGCAUGGUUUGGAACAAAUGAAAGUUCUGUUAACGCUUUUGCUUGGCGCAGCAGUACAAUGUCCCAAUAAAGAAUUAUUUAUCGGUCGAAUAAAAGAACUUGAUGUUGAUACACAACAUGCAAUUGUUGAACUUAUUAAACAGGUUACUGAUAACCAUAGUUUGGUACUAACUGAGGAAUCAAUUGAUUUGCUCACACCUGCAGACAUGUACACUCACAUCUUGCGUUUGACAAAAGAACGUGAUUCCAUGUACAUGAAAUGGAUAACAGCAGUUGCAGUAGAACCCGAAUCGAACGGUACUGAUAGUUCUCAAAAUAUACCCCUUUCGCCAGCAAGUGGCAUGACAACAUCCCCUUCAUCAAGUUCAGAAAGUAAUCACAUGGCUGUUGAAUUAGCCGACCUUAAAUCAAAAUUAAGGAAAUUACGUCAAGAACUAGAGGAAAAAUCCGAAGCUUUUCUUGAGGCAAAGGAGGAGCUAGAACACAAGAGUGCACAACAUGAAAAACUUAGAACAGAGAGUCAAGAAUGGUACUCCGAAGCCAAAAGAGCAUCUGCUUAUAGAGACGAGGUAGAUGUGUUACGAGAACGUGCUGAACGAGCUGAUCGACUGGAAAUCGAAGUGCAGAAGUUCAAAGAAAAACUUACCGAUGCAGAAUUUUAUAAAACUAGAGUCGAAGAACUAAGAGAAGAUAACCGAAUGCUUUUAGAAACAAAAGAAAUGCUGGAAGACCAAUUGCAACGCUCACGCAAACGUAGUGAACAUGUUAUGACUCUCGAAUCGGAAAUAAUAAAAUAUAAACAAAAACUUAACGACAUGGCUCUGGAACGGGAUGUUGAUCGAACCAAGCUAGAGGAACUACUCGAGGAAAACACACAAUUGCAAUUGGUGGCGAAAAAUCUUAACACAAGUCAAGAUAUCGAUAAAUCAUUAUCUGAAAACGAAGACGAUUGUAAUUCUGGAGACAACAGUCUUUCUGAACAGUUAACAAAUAAUGCUCAAACUAGAGCACUGAAGCUAGAGCUAGAGAAUCGACGCUUACUUGCAGCCCUUGAUCAGCUUAAGGAAUCUUCUUUCCAUGAAUCAACAAAUAAAAUUCUUGAAUUGGAAAGAGAGAAAAAGAAAUUAUCCCUGAAAAUUGAACAGAUGCAAGAAAACAUUAUUCGUCUAUCGCAACAAAACAAAGAGCUUGAAGAUGUUUUCAAAAAUGCUUUGGAAGAAAACAAAAAGCUUCAGGAUACAAUUGAUUCUAGACAAAAAUCAUACGAGCGUCAAAGUCAAGAACGCGAAGUUGAUCGUAGUAAAAUGGUAGACUUGGAAAAGCAUGUGGAAACACUCAACAAAGAAAAGCAAAGAAUUCAAACUCUGAACGAAAGCAUACAACGAAGGGCAGAUGAUAUGGAACGUUUAAUUGAAACCAAGUCAAAAGAAGUCGAACAACUUAAGAACAGAACAACUGAAUUGGAAUCGGCUCGUAAUCAAUUGUACGACCUGGAAUCUAGAGUUUCUGUUUUGGAUCGAGAAAAUGCAAGUUUAGUUAAAGAAGUUUCCAAGUUGAAAGAAAAUCUUGAACAGAAAGCUGUUCAAUUGGAUGAGAAAUUAUUACAACAAGAAUCUCAAUCCAAGGAAGUAAAGAGACUAACUAGAGAUCUUGAAGAAUCGGCUCAAGCUCAAACCAAAAUAUUAGAUUUGGAAAAACUAAAUCAAGAUUUGGUGUCACAACAUGAAAUUGAUUUGCAGACCAUAGACACUUUACGCAAUGAUCUUGUGUCAGGAACACUAGCCACAAAUAAAGUGAAGCAUAAUUUGGAAAAACUUGGUCUAGAUAAUACAGAAAUUGAAAACUCUGAGCUUAAUGUAGAGAAUGUUGUUGAAAAGCUGGUAAGGAACCCAGAAACAUUCAAAACUGUUCGUGAAAUUAUGCUAAAUGUGACAAGACAACAAAAUUCUAAAUCGGAUAUGUGUGUUCUUUGUCAUAGAAAAGAAAUAUUCACAGUCGAGAAGAAUAUCGAGAUAACUGGUGAAUUUGAUGAACCCUACAGCAUACAACAUUCUAUACAAUUGGCAAUACCAGAGGCGUCAAAACUUCAAGAGACCAUUACGCAAUUGAAUACAUUAAAUUCUUCAUUGCAAGUGACAAAUGAAGGUCUGCAGGCAGAAAAUGCUAGAUUGAAUGUUGAUGUAGCAACUCUAGGUUCUCAGAUAACUUCCCUUAACACACAACAUACAGCUUUGCAAUUAGCAAACUCGCAAUUGGCUGCCGAUAAGGAUUUGCUCCUUAAACAGCUGGAAACUCUUAAACAUGAGCACAAAAAUCUUCUCAAUGAUCAAGUCACCCUGCAGUGCUUGCAUGACCAGCUUAAUGCUGAAUAUGAAUCUUUGAAUAAGGAUAAGGAACAGAUAAAAGUAACUGUUCGUGAUUUGCGUAAUGAAAAUCGUGAGCUCAAAGAACGUUCUCAAAAUCUAGAAAAACAAUUGGACGAAUUGAAAGCUCAAAUUGCUACAAUGAAACCAAGUGUUGAUGACUUGGGCAUUUUGCGCACAGAGCAUUCGAAGUUAACGGAUGAUUUUCGAAGUUUGUUCGCUACCAGUGAUCGAUUUAAGAAUGAAUACAAAAAUAUUCAGGAACAAUAUAAAAUGAUUCGAGCUGAAAAUAGCAGACUUAAAUUACAAAACACUGAGAUUUCUGGCGAGUUAAAUGCUAAAAGUGAUCAAAUUAAGAGUAUGGAAGUUGAAUACACAAAAGCUAUGCAACGUUGUGAGAUGUUGUUACAGAUGAAUUCAGAUCUCGACACUGAUCGCAAAACACUUAUGGACAAUGUGUCUCAGCUUCUUUCACAAUAUCAUGAACUAUUGACGCAUUCGUUGGAAGACAAACAGCAUUUCCAUGAAGAAGAAAAAAGUUACACAGACAAAGUCAAUAAUUUAAAUCGACAAAAAGAGAAACUCGAAGAAAAAAUAAUGGAACAUUAUAAAAAAUCAGAAAGUUGUGUUCCAAAAAAAAAAGCAUUUGCCAGUAACUUGGUCCGUAGAGUAAAAAAAGCGAGCUCGGAUCUAAUGAACAUUGUUCCAAGCAGAAAUCGAAGAUCAUGGGUUGAUGACACCCGAUUGACACAAUCACAAUUCGCUAUUGGUUCUGAAUCUGGUGGCAAUGAUUCAGAUAAUAGCAUUGAAGAGCCGAGCUCAAUUGUUUCUGAUACUCCUUUAUUACAACGAAAUGUUGCAAUGCGGCAAAGUUUGCAACGAAAACCCAGUGAUUUGAUGGAUAGUUCAAUAACCCGUGGUGGAUUCCGAAGUAGUUUACAGUCGCAAAAACGGAGCGACUUGAGUAGUUCUCGUAGAAAUAGUGUACACGGGCUUGAAGCACCUGAUGUAACAGGAAGCAGCUUAACACUUGGCGCCGCUGGAAGCCGCAGAACAGUUUACCUGAUUGAUGAAAAUCAAAAAAUUGCUGAUUCUACACAAUCACCUUCACCCAACACACCCGAAGCUCAAACACCAACAAACAAUGUUAACCCCUCACAAACAAACGAUAAUCCGUCCACAUUUCUAAUGUACAAUCGAAUAAACACAAUGAUCGGCCCAACUGCCGACACUUUAGCGAAUGACAUCACUCCUGCCGGUGGAUGCGGCAGCAGCAGCGGAGCCGCGUCCAGUGGCAAUCAAGGUGGAAAUGCCACCACCGAUGAUAAACUACUGCCCCGUAAAAGACCCGAAGACAAAAGCAAUAGUAUUUGGUAUGAAUACGGUUGUGUAUGAUGAGAAUCCUUUAUCUGCAUUAAAGUACACACACUUGCAGAUAUUUAUUUAUUAAUUACCUUGUAUAACGUAUAAGUGCCCGCUUACGGAAAUUGCCUUACAUUUUAAACUAAUCUUAAGCUUUAACCAUUCUAUGUAUUCUUUGAAAAAUUGAAAAUUGAAAAAUAUUAACAAUUAUCUUUCGAAGCAUAUCCAGUGACGCUAUAGACUUCCGACAUAUACAUACAACAUAAUAGUAUUUUUAAGUAAAUAAGAUUAUAUUCGUACACACAAUAAUGUAUAAUGCCGAAUUUAUGUUUUAAUAAUUUGCAGUGCUUAAAUUUGUAAGAUAUAGUUUAUAAAUGAUUUAUGAUGUUUUCUUUUUUUUUUAACAGAGAAUGUUUUAUUCUUUAUUCCAGUUGCGAAUUUUACAAAUCGAAUAAAUCAUUAAAAUAAUAAAAAUAAAAAAAAAUUAUACAAAUACAUUUAAAUGAGGAUAAGUCCUCUUUCUUUUGGCAAAGCGCCAGUGUGAGAAGUAACUUGAAAUGCAUUUAUCUUAAUUUUCUGUUUUAUGAUAAUUAUUUUUUUUUAAUAAAGAAUGAGCCAAAUGUCUGUGCGUA